UAAUGGUAAGUAAGAAUUAAUUAUUUUAUUUAAGUAUUUAAUUUUUUAUUUAGAUUUAUUAUCCAAUUACUUGAAAACUAAUACUUGAUGUCUAUGAUAUCAACAUUCUUUUUGGAUAAGUUUGACGUACGGAUAGAGGGGACAGACCUCACAGAAUUUUGAAAAGGUAUAUACACAUUCUUCGGUGAUAGGUUCAGAGCGUGGAAGUAUGACAUGCAUGUGUAUUUUAAGUCUUUCAAAGGUAAUGUCUUAGAGGCACGUCGUCAUUCUUAUGAGGGAGUUGAAGACGAGGAUUAGCAGGUUGUCUGUGAUAUGUUUAUUAAUGAUGAAUUUUUGAAAAAGAGUGGGACAAACACAAAAAACAGGGAGAAGAAUGUCACAAAUCAUUGUUCUGGCUCGAAACCUUUUUUUAGGUCUCGAUAUGAGAUGAGAAACGAGGAGACACAAGAGGAGCCUGAUUUGGUGACUUUCUACAAAAAGACACACUGCCGAGAGAAAGGAGAGAAAAAAGGGACAUGGAUGACACCACAAUGUGAGGAGUUACAUGCAAAGAUGGUCCAGAAUCUACAAUCUCAUGCAUCUGAUGAUUCAUCUGAAUCGGGAUUGGUGCAAAUGACCCCAACUGAAGCCUUUUCCUAAGUAAUUGGUCACAAGUCAAGAUACUUUAAAGGUCUCGGAUAUGGGUAAGCACCCAUCACUGUUUCAAAAUGCCAUCAGAUAGAAAUUGCAGAGGCCAAACAAAGAGCAAACCAAUUAGAGGCACAGUUGCAGGAACAGAAUCAAGCCAUGCAAGAGCAGCUACAAGAGCAAAAUCAAAUGAUGCAACAGAAGAUGGAGGAUCAAUCUAUAAAGAUGCUAGAACAAGAGGAGAAGAUUCGUGAGAUGCAGCAAUACAAGGUGGAACAGGACCGCAAUGCCCAACAACAACAACAGACAAUUAACUCCUUGGAGACUAAGCUUGCUAAUCUGACAGCAAGGAUUGCUAAGUUUAUAUCACCCCAAAACAAUCAUCGUUUAUGAUUGUUGGAUGGGCUCAUGCUAUAAGAAUUCAAACUCUUUUUGUUUAUGUCCAAAUCUUUGAAUCCUUUGUUUAGGAUUCUAUACCUCAUUUUUGUCUAAGAUCUCAGAUAAGGAUACUAGCUAGUUUUUGUUCAGAUGCUAAGACUCCUUUUUUGUUUUUUUUGCGCGAUGGGUUUUAUUGUAUAUGUUGUAAACAAUACUUUUUGGUUGGUGUGGUAUAUAAUAUCAAGUAUUUCUUUA